UAUCCAUGGAGAGCUCGUCAUUGUCAUUGGUCACUGGUCAUUAUUUUGUCAAGAGCCCUAGUUACCCUUAGUAACCAUCUGGGUGACAGAGGAGUCUGACUAACAAACUAAAGAGAAGACAUUGUGUGCAUCUCAUUCACUGGAAGAUGAAUCCUGUUUCUAAGUUUGAAAUCUGUCACUUUUCAAGCUGAACUGACUUUAAAGCAUGCGUCGUGGAGACUGGUUGCCAUGGCCCGGCGAGGCUCAGAGACGAGAUGAGAGGAGGGCUGAAGCCAGAUUGGCUGAGGGUCUGCAGAGACUCGACCAGGCUAAACAUUACCACCUCAACACGCUGAACAGAGAACAGCGCAGACUUCACAGAGACCUCAUCUCUAUCAAAACAGGUAAUCCCUGGAAAAGAGGACUCCACAGUUUGGGGCUACGACCCUCUAACCAUGAUGUUGGUGGUCGCCCUGCUGCAUCUCACAAGAGGACCCUGUUACCCAUCAUCCCAAUGGCAGGAAAGGAAACAGACAGUCACAGGUCCUCUUCACUGCAGGCUCGUGUUCAGGAGUUUAUGAACAGUGGGGAGAAAAGGGCAGACCACUCCUCUGAGACGCUCUGUCUGCCAGACCUAAAACGACAGCCUGUCACCUCUCUCACCGCUACGAGCACAAACAGAGAAAGAGAGGAGAGCAAGGAGAGAGAUAUGGAUGGAGAACAGGACAGAGGGCCCCACAUGGACAUAGUGAGGGACAGAGAAAAAGACAGCCAGAAAGACAGGGAAUGGAUGCUGUUAAAGGAACGAGAGAAAGCUAAUGAAAGAGGAGCUGAGAUACAUGGGAAUAGGUGUCCAUCCUCUCCUGUCUCAUUCCCCUCUGAAAUGCUGGCUCCGGAUGGACAUUUAAGAACAGUUCACACGUUACCAAACUUUGCCCAGGCACUGGCCGAGGCCCGAAAAGCAAGAUACAUCAGACACCGAGGACAACCGCUGUGUGAGCGAGAACUCACCAUACGAGAGAAAUUUGCCCGGGAUUCAAGAGCUCCUGCUCAUUGAGACACUAAAACAGUGGUUCUUGACUGGUUGUAAUUACCAUGUUGUAAUUACCGUAAUUACUUGAUGACAGCCUGUCCUGGAUGUUCUACUAGAAGCUGUUCACAUCCUCUGAGUUCACCAAAAAAUGCAAAAUCUGUCAUUAAUUACUCACCCUCAUGUCGUUCCAAAUCUGUAAGACCUUCUUUCAUCUUCCGACCAGAAAUUAAGAUAUUUUGGAUGAAAUCCGAGAGCUUUCUGACCCUGCAUAUACACCAACACAACUACCAUGUUCAAAGCCCAGAAAAGUAGUAAAAACAUCGUUAAAAUAGUCCAUGUGACAUCAGUGGUUCAAUCGCUAUUUUAUGAAGCUACGAGAAUACUUUUUGUGUGCAAAGAAAACAAGAAUAAAGACUAUAUUUAACAAUUUCUUCUUCUGUGUCAGUCUUCGACACGCAUUCACGAGAGUACAGUGACACAUGCGUGUUCAUUCCUCUGAUGUCACAGGAACUUUUUUAACAAUGUCCUUACUAACUUUUCUGGGCCUGUCAGGAAAAAUAUCUUAAUUUGUGUUCCAAAGAUGAACGAAGAUCUUGAUGAACGGGUUUGGAACAGUAAAUUAUCACACAGUAAAUACAGUAAAUUAUCACACAUAAACAUACAAUAACAUUAAUUGUUACGAUACAAUACAACACAUACAAUAACAAUUAAUGACACAAUUUUCAUUUUUGGGUGAACUAUCCCUUUAAAGCCCAAAGUAGACCUCAGUUGUCAUGCAAAUAUUUACCGUAUGCAUAUGGCUGAAUGUGUAGUAAUAUAUUUUUUGAUAACAUGUAAAAAAAGAGGAGCUCGACAUAUGACUAGCAAAUUUCAUCUUUGUGCAGUGUCUAAAUUGACUUUAUUUGUAAUUUAGUGUAAUUUUUACUUUUAAUAAAUGAGACAGCCUUAUGUGGCCAACAAAAAUGUGACCCUGGAGGCUGCAACCUUCGAAAUGAGACACAGUUACAAUUAGAAAAUCUGUCAGUAAGCGUUUACUAUGGUAUGCACAUUGUACACAGUAUGCAUAAACCUGAAGUAUACUUUGGGCUUGAUAUUAUGUGCUUUUUAUGCAAGCUAUGCUCUUCUGUGCCAACAAAAUAAUGGAAACAAGUACUAAUCAUUAUGCAAAUACCUUAUUAACAAACUUUUAAAGUUUAUUUAUCUUAUUUAGCAGGAUAUUAGACAUUACUUAUCCAAGUCUGUGCUAACUAUAUUAUGUCCUUACAGUAAAUAAUUACAGUAAUUUCAACAUAGUGUGAAUGCACCUAUUUGUUAUUUGCAUUUACUGUCAUUUUUCCUGCAGUCUGUGAUCUUAUCAGAAAAAAAACAGUGACCCAUUUUGUAGUCACGACCCACCAGUUGAGAACCGCUGAGCUAAAACACACAAACCGAAAAAUGUGCUCACGAACAGUAAACAAUCUUCCUUGACCUUUCCUCUACUGAAAACUGAAACACACACACACACUUAUAAUAUCCAUUUAGAUGCUGAUAAUAUGUUAAUAAUUGUAACAUGAUUAAUUACAAAGACACUAUACAUCUAUAUAAGCACCUUGUAAUAUGUUUGUUUAUGACUGAUAUCUAAAAGAAACAAACCAGUUAAGGAUGGUUUAACACUUUUUU